AUGAGCGGGGAACUGCGCAGCCUCGUCCCGGUCCCACCUAACACGUCUGUCCUGCCCUGUCCCCUGGACGGCACCGGGCCGGUAGCGGAGCUGGACAGGCAGAUCGCCCAUCAGCAGCUGCCCGUCAUCGUUCUCCUCCUGCUCGUCUGCAUCCUCGGGACCGUCGGCAACCUGCUGGUCAUCCUCGUCAGCAUCCACCGCAGGAGGAAGUCCUCCGCAACCGUCUUCAUCCUGGCGCUGGCCGGCGUGGACCUCUUCAUCAGCGCGGUCACCAUCCCCAUGAGGGUCUUCUCCUACUUCCACUACAGCUUCAGCGCGCCCGGAUGGUGCGAGCUGGAGUCGUGCCUGACCGUGGGCAGCCUGGUCAGCUCGCUGCUGCUGCUCAUCGCCAUCGCUGAGGACCGGCUUCGCGCCGUGAGGCGGCCAACACACUUCUACAUGGCUGGAAACAGGCGCGCGGUGCACGUGAGCGUGGCCGUGCUGAUCGCGGGGUUCGUGCUGUCCCUGCCGUACCUGAUGACGGCGCACGAGGGCGCUUUCCUGCUGCCGGAGCGGAACUGCACCGUGACGGCGUGCUUCGGCAUCACCACCAACAACCACGCCUGGUUCCUCGUCUCCUUCAUCCUCAUCACCAUCCCCUUCUUCUCAUCCGGCUUCAUCAUUGUAGUCAUCUACGCCAUGGUCUACAAGCGCGUGUACGACUCCCGCGCCGCUGCCAUGGCGAUGGGGCGGGUGCACGCGUCUCUGCAAACGGAAACCCUGCAGCUGCAGGGGAGGCUGCAGCGGGAGAACACGGAAAGUCUGCAGCUGCAGGGGAGGCUGCAGCCGGAGAACACGGAAAGUCUGCAGCUGCAGGGGAGGCUGCAUCGAGGCAAUUCGGAAGCCCUACAGCAGGAGACCGGUUGUGGCUCUGAUGCAUUCCCGGAGCCUGUGACCACUCGGCCCGCCCAACACGUGGUCCUGCAGCGGGAGGAGACCGGUGUGCCCCGGGAGUCAAUAACUUCCCGGCCUGCCCAGCGCGUCGUCCUUCAGCACCACUUCAGGCUGGCCAAGAUGCUGCUUCUGGUCACGGCAGUGUUCCUGGUCACGUGGCUAUCACACGUCAUCCUUACCAUCUACGUCAUGACGACGUCAUCAGAUGCGUACCACAAACUGAGUGACGUAGAGUUGCGCGUGUCGGACUUCUUCCAGCACCUGUACUUCCUGAACAGCGCGCUGAACCCCAUCAUCUACACCAUCGCCUACAAGAGCUUCCGGCAAAGGCUGCUGGCUCUGUUUGGGCGGAUGACACCCAAGCGCAAUAUUUAUAGGGUAAAUGAAGAUAACUUUUUGGGGUAG